UCAGCAUACUGCGCGUUCUAGGCACUCGAACAAGAGGGGAACCGUUUUGCACUAGCAAUGGCCGGAAGCGCUGAAGGGGUGAUCGUGCGUGUGAGUAUGAACGAGGGAAUGUCCGACUUGGUUCAGCGACUCAUAAACCCUGACUCCGUCAUCGAAUUGGUCCUCCGAAACUGCGUCUUCAAGGAACAGAAGGAGCUUCUAACACAGAUCGGCCGCUGCGUGCGCCUCCGGCGCCUACGCUGCUCGUCCUGCCAGCUCGCACCGAGUCAACUGUUCCAGGUGGCGAAUGAAUGGCUUCCCAAACUCGACGAACUCGAGCUAUCUCUCUUCGACACCUUCAUAGAGGCCGUCGACAGCGAGAUCUGCAACGUGCGCCGGAUAGCUUCGCGACGCGCGACGUCUCGCAGCAGCCUACGUCGCCUGUACGUCGAGGUCGGUGGCAACGGUAACUUCAAGCUCCUCCGGGAGCUUCUGGGCUUCUGCCCGAACCUGAACGAACUACGCGUUCACGUCGUGCGGGGCGGAACCUUCUCGGAUGCUGUCUUCCAGUGCGCACGCCUUCACGACGAGCUCGUCCGACUGGAACACUUCACAUUCACCUCCGAACUGCCGGUUCCGUUUCCGUGCGAGCCUGAUUUUUCGUCGGUGUUCAGCGUCGCGGCGGCCGUCUGCGCCAACGUCCGUCACGUAAAGUGGGACGACUCGUGGAGCUGCAUUGGGCUCCGUCAAAUCGCAAACCCGGAUCGAGUCCGCACUGUGCCACCGCAGCUGGUCGUGGUUGCCAUCAUGAACAAUGAAACGGAGGCUCUCUUCCGUGCGGCGGGUCGCCGACACCUCUGGACGCACGUCCACGAACUCUGUCUCAUGCUCCUCCCGCCGAUGCACACCGACCCGUUUUACCAGGCGGCAGGCGGCGCGUUCCGCAACUGUCUAUUCGCCUUCUUUUCCGUUGCGCUUGAGCAAGUCGUCGAGCUGAACCUGAGCGCGUUCCACGUUCGCCCCGAACUCGACCUGAUGGAACUGCUCCACAAACGGACGCUCAGUCGCCUGCAGGGGUUCUCUGCGCCGCCGUGCGCGUUUCGAAGCCAGUCCGCUGUGCGCCGUCUGGUGGCCAUUUGCCCAAACCUCCGAGACCUGGAUGUGCGCAUCCAGAGGGUCCAGGGCCACUACGGAUGCGCUUCCUGCCAGCUGCUUCUUUUUCGUAACGAAGGGAGCGCCCAGCCACCGUCGAACCCCGGGGUGUUGUCCCCUCGAUGUAAUGGCAUCGCCAGGCUGACCCUGUGUGACGUGCCUUUUAGUGUGCUACUGUGGUUCCUCGAGUGUUACGGAGCUGCGGUUACGCUUCGACUGGCCCACUGGUGCUUUUUCGAGAGCCAGCAAUACGGCCGUUUGUGCGGUCUUCUCGGCGGGAACGGCGCUAUCCGAUGUCUCGUGAUUCAGCAUACUCAUCUGCCAAUCGGCGACGAGCAUCUGCAGGCCAGCUUGUCCCUCAUGACCAGCCUGCGGCACCUUUGCCUUCUGACGUCGAUGCCGGUCUGCGACAGCGACGCGAUGUUGUACGUGCAUCAGAUCGUCGCCCGCGCGUCUCAGCUGGAAUGCGUGCACAUUCACUACAAGCACGUCACCUACGGAUCGGAGGAGCGGGUCACGUGGUUACAGCGACGCCAACCUGAAGUACCGUUGCGAGGAGGUCCCUGCUUCGCGUGUUGCUCGUCGGCGACGUUCAUCGGACUCGUGAAGCCGGUUAACCGGGACUGCGAGAUGCUGUAG